AUGGCUUUGUUUCAAACAAAUGUUAGAAUUUUGGGUCAUAAUAUUGAAAGGGGUAACAUUAGCCCUAUUAAUAGAAGUAUUGAAUUUGCAUCCAAAUUCCCUGAUAUUUUGACUAAUAAAACUCAGUUACAGAGAUUUCUUAGAAGUCUUAACUAUGUUGCUCCUUUUAUAAAGGAUUUAGCCAAGGAUACUGCUAUUCUGUAUGACAUGCUAAAAAAUAAUUCUAAAGCCUGGUCUGCUAAACAUUCUGAAGCAGCUAAAAGGAUUAAAACAAAGGUUCAUAACCUUUCCUGUCUUACUUUAGCCAACCCAAAUUGGGAAGAAAUGGUUGAGAUAGAUGCUUUGGACAUAGGAUAUGGAGGUAUCUUGACUGAAUAA